AUGCCCGGCUGGUCGGCCGGGGCAGCGGCACCAACUACACCGCGGCAGCGCGAGCCGGGGGGAGGGGGCGAGAGGCCGUGUUCUGGUCCCGCGCAGACAGCGAGCACCUCCAGCACUUUCCCCUCCUCCGGCUCCGCCACCGCCUGCCCUCCUCCCCCCGCCGCCGCCGCCGGGUCCUUAAAGCUCGCCGACUCCUGCCGCUGCCGCUGCCGCUGCUACCGCCGCCGCCGCUCCACCAACUACAUCCGGGCAACUCGGCCGUGGCCGCCUUCGGAAAAGCUCGAACGCCGCCUUCGGCAAACCUCGGCUAGCUCCCGCCCUCCUCUUCCUCUGAGGCCUGGGCUCGUCGUCCGGCGACCCGGCAAGCCCUUUCCGGUUGCCGCUUUCCUCACUCUCGAAUCUGGCCACUCCCGUUCCACCUUAGGGGUAGUCGUGCUCGGGGGCCUGCGAGAGACGGGCCCCGGGGCCUCCGGGCUGUGCUGGGUGGGAGCCGCCUUCGGGAGGAGAACCGUGGGGCGCGAGGGACGCCAUAGCGAACUAAAUGCGGAGCCGCUGCAGCUGCGCGUGCGCCCAGAGGCGCAAUGGCGGCGGGGGCGGGGUGCCCUCCGCGAGUCGGCCGCGGCCCCCGCCCCUCGGGCUCCGCGUUGGGGUCGGAAAGCCCCUAAUUGGGCGGCCCGGACGGUCGCCGCGGAGGCUCGGUGGGCCGCGGCGGAAGUCGCCCUCAACCGGCCACUGGAACCCGGAAGCGCGGCCGGGUGCAGUCCUUGGCGCUGCAGAUCUCAGUUCCCGGCCGAAAGGUGGUACGGAGCCUUCCCACCGCGACGUUCUUCCUCUCCCUGGGAGAAAAUCCUUUGGAGAAUGCCGCGCUGCCUAGGAUACAAUUCCGGCUCAUUCACUAUGGUAUAUACCUGUGACAGAACAGCUCAACUUGGCUGGAAAAACACAAAACAAACAAACAACAACAACAAAAAAAAACAGCCAAUCAGGCUGGGGAGAUGGCUUGACCCAUAUAGACCAUUCCCUCACCCCUGGGUAUUCUCUGUGGCGGACCUCUCGACCGGCGAGAAAGAAUAACUACCACAUCAGGAUUCCACUCAGAUCAC